AUGCUCUUCCUCCCUUAUGAGCUCACCCCAACCGCGCAAUAUCCUCAUCAGAUGAAGCAGGCUGUCGCGCUCCUCCAAUAUGUCAUCGAGGACCUGGGGAAGCGGCCGUCUGAUAUUGUGCUGCUGGGUGACUCUGCGGGCGCACAUCUCAUCUUGUCUGUUCUAUCUCAUCUUGCACAUCCCCAUCCUCACAUUCCACCCCUACUUUUGCGUGAGAAACUUGCUGGGGCAUUGUUGCUUUCACCGUGGAUGGGCGAGUCUCGGACCGAUUAUGACAGUUGCCGGAGAAACGCGUCGCGGGAUCUUGUCUCACCAGGGUUAUUGAAUUAUUGGGCAGAUAUGUUUCUUGGAGAUGCUGAAUUCGAUAGCUAUAACCGGCCUGCGGGUGCGCCUGAAGGUUGGUGGCGGGAUUUGCCUGUGGAGGAGAUCUUCAUUGGGGUGGGAGGAUAUGAGGUGUUGUAUGAUUCGAUUAUAAAGACUGCUAGGAAGAUUAAGGCAGAACAUACGAGAGUCACCAUUAGUAUUGCCCAUCUUGAAGUCCACUGUGAGGCCCUCUCGCCUUUCAAUCCGGGGGUGGUUUCGCCGGAUCAGUAUAGAGCGUUGCUGGCAUGUUUGAAGGGUACGUUGUACAAAUGA